CUCGCAGCAUCUCCACUCUCCAUCUUCCGUCUCCACCCUGCUCUCCUCCUCUCCUCCUCCUCCUCCUCCUCCUCCUCCUCCUCCUCCUCGACGCCGCCUCAGCUCCUCUUCCUCUGCAGGUGGAUGGAGGCUGGAAGCCCCGGAGACACGAGCCAUGUCUGGGAUCCGCUGCUGUCAGACUGCUGAGCACCCACCUUCUCGCCGUGGACCCCAUCCUGAAAUGACCUGAGGAGGGUUGUGUGUCCGGACCCACUGCUCGGAUCAUGGCAUGCUGCUCACACCGGGCAUCCAGCACUGACCAUGGGGCUCCGGUCCAGGACCGUCGCUAGCGGCUCGGAGGAGCAGAAGAAGCCGCCCGGUGCUGCUCCCGGGGACCUGCUGGACCAAGGCACCGGGGGAGCGGACAAGGACGGCGCCCUGCUGCUGGUGGCGCCGGGCCGGGAGGACUUCAAGCGGGGCUCCCAGGGCAUCGGCAUCGGGCUGCUGGCCAAGACCCCGCUGAACUACACGCGGCCGGCCAAGAGGAAUAACAUCCGCAGGAGGAGGAUCCAGAACCUGAUCUACGACGUGCUGGAGCGGCCGAGGGGAUGGGCGCUGCUCUACCACGCGUUCGUGUUUUUAAUCGUCCUGGGAUGUUUGAUUCUGGCCAUUCUGACAACUUUCAGGGAACAUGAGAAGGUGUCCGCACACUGGCUGGUUAUUCUGGAAACCUUCGCCAUCUUCAUCUUCGGAGCGGAGUUUGCACUGAGGGUCUGGGCGGCAGGAUGCUGCUGCCGCUACAAAGGAUGGAGGGGGAGGCUGAAGUUCGCUCGCAAACCUCUGUGUAUUUUAGACAUCUUUGUGCUGAUUGCCUCGGUGCCGGUGGUGGCCGUGCGGAACCAGGGCAAUGUGUUGGCCACGUCCCUGCGCAGCCUGCGCUUCCUGCAGAUCCUGCGGAUGCUGCGCAUGGACCGGAGGGGGGGGACCUGGAAACUGCUGGGCUCGGCCAUCUACGCGCACAGUAAGGAACUGAUCACAGCCUGGUACAUCGGCUUCCUGUCUCUGAUCCUGGCGUCUUUCCUGGUCUACCUGGUGGAGAAGGACGACGUCUCCAUGGACGUGUCCAAUCAGGAAAACCCCACCGCUCAGCCCAAGCAGCAAGACUUCGACACCUACGCUGACGCUCUGUGGUGGGGGCUGAUCACUCUGACCACCAUCGGAUACGGAGACAAAACCCCGAAGACGUGGGCUGGGAGGCUGUUGGCCGGCACCUUCGCCCUGAUCGGAGUGUCCUUCUUCGCUCUGCCUGCAGGGAUUCUGGGGUCAGGCCUGGCUCUGAAGGUCCAGGAGCAGCACAGACAGAAGCACUUUGAGAAGCGCAGGCAUCCGGCCGCCGGGCUCAUCCAGUCUGCCUGGAGAUAUUAUUCCACCAAUCCAGUCAGGGACGACCUUAUCGCCACGUGGAGAUUUUACGAAACAGUCAUUUCUCUUCCCUGUUUCAGGAAGGAUCACCUGGAGGCCAUAGCGAGCCAGAAGCUGAGUUUACUGGAGCGCGUUCGCCUUCCCAAUGCCAGACCCUCAGCGGGGCCGGGCAGGAGGCUCACAGGUCACACCGACUCCAUCGAGGAGAGCCCCUCGAAGGAGCCCAAACCUGCCGGCUUCAGUAACCGGGAACGCUUCCGCACCGCCUUUCGCAUGAAGGCCUACACACUCCGCCAGAGCUCUGAAGACUCCGGAGCUCUGGCAGAUCCAGCCUUAGAGGAGCGGGGCUUCCCUCCGGACAUCCUCCUGGAGGAGAUGAUCCCCACGCUGAAGCUGGUCAUCAGGGCACUAAGGAUCAUGCAAUUCCUCUUGAACAAGAAGCGGUUUAAGGAAACUCUGAGGCCUUAUGAUGUCAAAGACGUGAUCGAGCAGUAUUCUGCCGGGCACCUGGACAUGCUCUGCAGAAUUAAAUACCUCCAGACCAGGAUCGACAUGAUUCUGGCCCCUGGACCCCCCCUCACCCCAAAACACAAGAAAACUCAGAAAACGCCCUUUGCCUAUCCGCCGAAUCAGUCACCCAGGCACGAGUCCUUCAUAACCAAAGCUGCCUCCAUGCCGGAUGCCGACGACCAAAGCAUGAUGGGUAGAUUUGUCCGAGUGGAACGACAGGUGGAGGACAUGGAGAAGAAGUUGGACUUCCUGGUGGACAUGCACAUCCAGCACACUGAGCACCUGCAGGUGGACUCUGCCGGCGCCGCCCACAUGACCCUGGAGACCUGCGAUCCGUCAGGGAACGGUGCGAUCAGACGGGUUUUCUUCAACUACGCGCAGGCGUUUCCACACAUGUCGUACAAGGUGAAUCCAUAUUGUGGCAGGGGUGGAAGAGGAGGCGGAGAGGGGAGGGGGUCAGCAGGAGGAGUCUGUGUACCUCCAGAUCAUCAACCCCCGACGUCACACCUCUACCAGCGCAACCCCCCAGCUGCCAUCCCCACCUACGCUGAGCGUCCCACGGUGUUGCCCAUCAGCUCCCUGCAGGACUUGUCAGUGGGGCUGGGCAGGACCACAGGGGGGCGGGGGGCGGACUCCCCUCUCUCGAUGCUGUCGGUGAACCACGAGGAGCUGGAGCGCUCGCCCAGCGGGUUCAGCAUCUCUGGGGAGCGAGAGGGGGAGGAAGGAGAGGAUCUGUCCACGGGGGGGAGGACGAGACCCAGGCCGAGCUACCUGGCGGAGGGGGAAACUGACUCUGAAACGGACCCCUUCACUCCCAGUGGGGGGCCCCUGCCCCUCUCCUCCACGGGGGAGGGAUUUGGUGACGCUGUGUGGAACACGCCACCCUGAGGGAUUUGUGUGACUUCACAGAAAUCCACGACUCUGAGUUAAGACCUUGAAUCCAACCCAUGCCUCUAAACCCAAAUCAGUUUGGGUCAAAUCUCUGGACCAAACUUGGAGUGCAGGCGGGUUAAUCCGCUGCUGCUGCGAGGUCAAGGGUCAGGUCAUCGACCUUCAGAGGCCACAGACGAUCUCAUCCACCGACCCCCAGCACCGACAGAGCCAUGGCAUCGAGACUGCCCAGAGAAAAAGGGAAACCUGACCGUUUGUAAAGUUCAACUCUGUACAGCGUACUCCUCGCAAGAAUUUAGCUAAAAUAAGAAGGACAUUAAUAUACAUACUAUAUACACCCGAAAGCUUUAUCGCUGCAAAGCCAACCGCACUGCAUGUAACGCAUGCAAUUUUUAGUGUAGACACUGCAAAGUUCAGGACAUCAGGAAACGGGAAGGAGAUCGAAUGGAUACAUAUACUUGCUAUGCCAUUUUGUAACACUUGUUUUUUUAUAUGACAACAUUUUCAUUGUUUUUUGCAUGGUUUGCAUGAUAAUGCAGCAUUGGAGGGGGGGGUUAUGGUUGGAGCGUGAUACUGGAACCAAAAGUCUCCUGCCUCUUUGUUUUGUACGUUGUUUGGUGUGUGUUUGUGUGUGUGUGUGUGAGAUAGAGAAAGACUUGGGUAACAAACACUGGUUAGUUGCUGGCAGACGUGUUUCACCACCUCUUCUCUUCUGUCACUUUGUUUUCUCACCACCGUGCUCUUCACUUGUUUUUCACCACUUCAUGCAUCCAAACUUUCCACUUGAAAAGGACAAAAAAAAACUUAUUCGCCAGAAUUUAAAACAUUAAAUCUCUGCUGCUUUGUUGGCAAAUGAAUUCAGGGAUAUAAACCACCUGUAGGUCUUUAGUUUACAAAGAUUCCUGAGCGUCUUGACGGCUGAGUUCAGUUCAUCCCGACUUGAAUGGAAUCAGAUUUAUGUGAUCGAUGAGAAAUAGCAGCUGAAAUUCCCAACGUUUAUGCUUCUUAGGUAAAAGGAUGAGUGGAAGUGGAACCGGCUCCGACAGACUUCACUUGUUGAUCUUGUUGAUCUUGUUGAUUUGCAGUCGUUGUGAGUUUAUUCCAGACAACUGACCGGUGACCGGGGUUCACACACCAUCUUUCCCCAACAGAAGCCCCCGACUAGUAUGUCUGCUCACCCUGUCCUGUGCUCUGAUUGGCUGUAGAUUAAUUUACAUAAUUAACAGAAGACGAGUCACAGGAGGCAACGUGUCGUGUCGGCGAGCCUCUCAAAUCUUUCACUCGUAGAUAUUGACGGAUACCGAUUGAACGAAGUGCAGAGAAUAAGAUCCCAGGAGUCCCGGGUGAUAUAAAUACUGCCAGCUCCACAAUGCUAUUAUUAUGAAUUCAUAUUAUUAAUGUCGAGAUUACAAAAAGAGCAGCACAUCUUUCAAAAGUAAAACGAUGGAACAUAAUGUGCUCUUUUGGUCUAAAUAUUUUGUCGCUCACCGCUGCACUAAACUCUCCAGUCAUGAAAGUGACAGUGAAAUCAGCCCUGUAUUGUAAAGUGACAUGUAAAGAUACUCGUAGGUGAUUGGCUGUGGAGGAUUGAAACGUUUGUUAAAAAGCCGGAGCUUCACAGAAGAUCACGUAUAGACCUUAACUGCAUUUACUACUUUAGAUUUAGGACGACACUGAUACUGAAUGUAACCUCUGAAAACCAACUAUAUCUACACACUUGAAUUAUUACACAGUUAUAGCAUGUUCAAGCACCUUCAGAGUCAGCUGACGUUUACAGAGGAGCCUCCACACCGGGCUUCAGCUCCCACUGUGCUCUUAUUGUUUCAAAUGAACUUCCACCACGUCGCUUUGUUCGUGAUUCGCAGCAACGUUCGAGCGCUGCGACAACAACGUUAGUUUGAAGGCUAACACGCAAGUUAGCAUCACCCGGUUAACUCCAUGGAUUUUUCCAUUAGCUUUUGGAUCAUUGCAGACGAUACGUUUAUUUUGGCAACAUCAUCUUCACAAGUUAACACCACUUUUAUGAUUUUUAUGAAGAUACAACUGCCAGAAGGGAAAAAAGCUUGCGAGAGACAAAGGUCACAUGAUAUCAAACAUCGCCACGACGAAGAUUUCAACUUCUCCAAAGUGAAAGUCAGCAGCAUCGAUUUUCAUCUUUGGCCUGAUGACGUUUUAUGUCCUUCACAAACUCUGCGGUCUAAAGCAUCAUGAAAACACUUUGAGACAUUAUUUCUACAGAAAGAACUCGUCGACGUCAGGACGCUGGAAUCAGACGCACAAAGAUUACAACUGUUUUCUGGGUUUUCUGUUGAAAUCUAUACGUCUUGAGCUCAUCGCAAAUCUGUCGACUCCUAAAUGUAGACAUGAUCAGAGGUAUGUUUGUUUACAUCACGUUCACAUCAUCUGUUCUUAAAAAUGCAACAAACCUUCCUGCGUCGCCCUCGGGGGGGCAAACUCCACCCGCCUGGCGCUCCGAGCAGGUCAAAACAAGCGCUCCAUCAUCCUAAUGAAACCCGGUGUGGAAGCAGUAAUUAGUAAAAUUCUCAAGGUGAACCAAACACUUAUUUACUUACUUAUAUUGUUAUUAUCUACUUAACUACUUGUAUUCCAGUUACUAUCAUUACUUACAGUAUUGACUGAAACCGUUCAAUUCAAACACCACUGGUCACCACAUAGAGACACAGAGAUCAUGGAGACAUGUAGACAUUCAUUCAUUGUGCCUCUGAAGCAGGAAACAUCAUCAACAGCGUCGUCAUUCUGUAUUUAGUGUUUCCAUCAUCUCAUCCCGAGCACACGAAGCGGAUCGAUGACCGUCGAUCGGUUUCCUUCUGUCGUCAUUUGUCCUCUGCUGAAACUAGCUCCCAGCUCCGUCUUGCUUUUGUAAAAUACUGAGUCGUAGCUUUGUGACGCUUUCGGCUCGUCCACCGAGUUCGGACACGAUUCCAGCUGCACAGAAAGGUAACGUGUCACUUCUCCUUUCUUUUGAUGGUCAGUUUUCUUUUGAAUCUGUUUUCCUUCCUGUUCACGCUGGAGUCGCUCAGUCUCGUUUGGUUUAAUUCUUCAACACCAGUGGUUUUUUGCUGCCUCGUAACAUUCAGUGACAUUUACAGAAACUCUCGUGAGGGUUCAUCGCUUCCUUUGGAAAUGUUGCUUCCUUCAUUUCUUUACGGACAUUUAUCAACUGAAGGAUAUCACUGGACUCAUGAAACCACAUUGGUAUGUUUAUGGUCACAUGGCUCACUACUGUUAAAUCAAACAUUUUAAUAUUUUGUAAAUUGUUGAAGAGAAAAAAAAUUGUCUUCCAAAGACACAAAGACACACUGGAAAAAAAAGUGAUGCUAGCAAACACAGUUGAUCUGAAUCCUGGAAUGAAAACAUUUUUCAGAUUGUGACUUAUUACUCCAACGAACCUGAAUCAAACCUUCUCAGGAAUUUAAAACAGUUUAAAUAAAGUUUUAGAUACAGCACACUGUCUCCACUUAACAAAGCUU